UAAAGAUUUAUGUAGUUUAUUUUGACCAUAGCGUGAGGUGAAUAGUGAUUAGAAAUUAAAACAAACCAAUGCGUGACUACAUUAAAAUAAUUAUAAUUGCUUCUAGAAACAUCACCAUCUUUUCGUUUCAUGUUUUUCUUAUGUUUGUUUAGUAUGUCUCGAACAAUAUUAUGUUCGAAUAAACAAGUACACACCCAAUCUCUGAGAUUAUUUUUCUUAAACUUUGUUGCAUUGUCUAUUUUUUGAUUUUCAAAACUAUGUGACAAUCAUGAGAUACAAUAAGCAGGAGUUAGCUUCUAUAGCAUCUCAGACUUCACCGAACUUCGAUCGUGAAGGUGUGAUGGUGAUGAAAGAAAAACAAGACGGUUUCUUUCGUCGCUCCGAAGGAUGUUCUGUAAGGUGGUUUCGUUUAAGAGGAAAUCUUCUAUUUUAUUUAAAAGGUUCUGAACCAUGGUAUGAGCCAAUUGGUGUAAUUGUGCUUGGAAAACAUGUUAUAAAACUUCAGGCAUGUGAUGAGAAUGGCUAUUGGCCUUUUCACAUUGUUUGGGAUAAUGGUGUGUGCUAUAGGCUAGCAACAUUUCAAGAAUCUGAAAGAACCCUCUGGGUAAAAUCUUUGCAAAUGGCACCAUAUGAUAUAAUUAGUUCGCAAAUUGUAGCACUACGAGAAAAACUGAAUAGGAUAAGGCCGAUUGUUGAUGUGUCUGUCUAUAGAUCUCAGAAAGGCAUAGUUUUGGAUAUGAAUGAAGUGCCAUUAUGUGAGUUGGCUUUGUCAUGUGAUAAUUUAUUAUGUGAUACUUAUGGACGACCUCCAUCUCCAGUUAUUGUUAUAUAUGUACGAUAUUCUAAAGAGCUGUGUAUUAAAUAUGGAUCAACAGAAAUAGUUGAAACUUGCAGUAAUCCUUGCUUUUCAAAGACAGUAUUAUUUCGGGCCAGUGAUGGUCUCACGGGGAAAGCUAUGGUCCGAAUAGUGGUGUAUGAUGUUAAGGAACGAGUUUCGGAAACUGUUGUUCCAAUGGGAUAUACAACUCUACAAUUGAGUACAAUACAGGAAUCACAAAGACUUCGAGUAGCUUUAAAAACACGUGAUAAUAAAACAGUCGGUUUUGUAACUGUGAACGGCUGGAGUCUCGAACCGUCAUGUACUGGGAAUAGCCCGUGUCACACCAACGAUCGAAAUUGCUUAGACAACCCACAAAAAAUACAGUGCCAUCGAAGAUCUCAAUCGUUGCCACCGAGAUUGGGAUUGAAAUUGAAAUUCCCUUCGUACGGGAGUAUGUUGAAGCAAAAUUUUGUGAAUAGUCACCACAUGACAUACAAGUUUCAUUCGGGACUGGGUGGCGAUAUUAAUGUUCACGAAAUAAUGGCGGAACCGAAACUUUGUUAUCAACUGCCGAUGCAAUUGUUGGAUAUUUACAUUCAAAGAGAAAAGGAAUUGUUGGACGAAUUGUUAUCUGUGGGUGAUAUUUGUAGUAAUUGGCAAAAUAAACAGCUAGAUCUCUCCAGUAUACACGUUUCGUUGCUGAAGCACUAUUCACACUCCAAGAAAUGUUUGCAACAAGCUGAACAUGCGUACUUCAAAGCAAGUUGUAAAAAAGAUGAUUCGAGUUUAGAAUUUGCACCCGUUAACUUACACCUUCAAAGGAUGUGGGUACACAAUGACACGCUGAAUAAAACUGGAUUUCAUGACAUUAUCACGGCUGGUGCGUUCGCUGCGCAUACGCAUAAAGCAGAAAGAACUGGGGGCCUUAUUAGAUUAGUACAACAAGUUAAGGACAUAAACAGUACUAAAGCAGCGCUGAAUUCAGCGGCGGCGAAUAAAAUACAGACUGAAUAUGAUAACGUGAUGGCUUUGAGGACGCUCCGGGAUGAAAUCGUUACUGACAUGGACAGAAUUGUCGUUCUCAUACAAGCGAACCAAUGUAUCGAGGUGCGACAUAUUACGGAAGUGAUUAAGACUAAAACGAAAGGGAUGUUAGCGUUAUGGGAACCUAAAGUAAUAGAAGAGUCGUUAGCCAUCAUCGGUUGGCCUAAACACGGUUGCAGCGAGGAUGGUGACAAGCCGACAAUAUCAACAAUAAUGCAACUUACGGAACAGUUGAGCGUCUUCGAUACCGGUUCGGAUUGUGAUACAAUGGAUGCGUCGUCGAGUUCCAGCUCCAAGGAAACAACUCCGACGGUAGAAGGACCUUCCUUAUCGUCCAGUGUGCCCAACAUGUGUCACAAUAGGUGUUCCAAACCCCAAGACUCCAUAAAAAGUAUCAUAGAACCAUCAGACCUACAGUUCAACCACGAUUACUUCAAUAGCACAGAAAGGAACAAGCUCAACCUCUCGUUCAGAUCAGUAAGGUCGCCUGUUAAAAGCAAGGAGGAUUCGUCCAAGUUCGACGGCAAUAGACCGAGACAUGGCAGUUUAAGGCAUGAUUUCAAAAAUUCCUCGUCACUAGAACAAGUGUCGUAUCGGUGUCUCAUGGAAAGCUUGAGCGGAAGCAUGAAGCGAAAGAGUUCCGAUCCUAAAGAGUCACCUCUACCGAGUAUUGGUCAGAUCGAUUCGAGUACAAGAGAAACUAAUCUGGCCUAUUUGAAGAAUUUCGCUGUGGAUGUCGAAGCUAGUUUAGCAAACGUGGUUGAAUCUGUUAUCAAAAUAAUCGAGUCAAAUAAAGAUGGAUUGGAGGAACAAUUAGAUCCGCUAAGGGCGCUCACAGACGAGUUCCGUCGUAAAGCUGAGUGCCUCAUACACUGGGCGCGUAUAUCUCACGCGGCGCUGCGUCUGCGCUGCGAGUCGCCCGCUUGGGCACGGGACCAUGCCGCACUGCAGACGCGCAGGGACACGUGUUUCUCACAAGCGCUGGCAACUGCGACAUCCGGCUUGCUAUGCUGGUUCAACUCGAUACCACAUGACAUAGCCGUGAAACUGCUCAGUUCGGAUCUAGGGCCCUUGUGCGGAUUCGAGGGCCUCUUGAGUUUGUAUUCCACUGAGAAAGCGAUGUGGGGCGAUAUGGUGGUUGCGGUGGAGGAUCUGCAGACUGUUCUCUUCACGCUCACUAAAGUUGGACACAGCAAUACUGCAACACCGCAAGUGUCUGGAGCGAGAGGAAGUCUGAAGGUUAAUAUUCCAGUAUCUGACGCGCUUUACUCCAAAUUUACCAAAAAAGAGCACUUAAGUUUCACAAUAACGGCGGUGUUCUUCAACAUCGGUAUAAACGACAAAGCGACGUUGGCCGAAGCUCUCGGCGAGACAACGCCCCAGUAUCACUCUAAUAACGAUAAUUUGGAUCGGCUGAACAAAUACUAUCAUAAGUAUUGUAAAAUAUUCCCUGCUGAUUAUCUGGCUGCUAACAGAGCUUCAUCCCGACUGAAACCGCUGGAAGAAGUAAUGGAGACUCUCAAGAUAGCCGUGCAUAAGAAAGUGCCAAAGAAUAUAGAAGUGUUGCAUUUAGCAGCACUCGCUACACGUCACAUGAACGGUAUAAGGUUUACAUCGUGCAAAAGUGCCAAAGACAGGACCGGAAUGUCCGUUACACUGGAGCAAUGUUCCAUACUGUCUGCCGAAUAUCAUCUCGCGGAACAUGAGAUGAAGAAAGCUAUUAAUAUUAUGAGGAGCGAGGGUUGCCGUCGCGAGAACACAUAUAAGAACAUAGGCGUAAAAAAGUACGCAUUCACAAAGAAGCAAGUUAUGGCGUUGCCUGAAGAGUAUAGACCACCGCCUGGUACUUACGGAUCAUCGCAAACAUAAUAAUAUAUAUCCUUUUCUUCCAGCAUUCCAUGACGACGUUAACUAAUUCCCCUUUUUAUUUUAUUGGUAUCUUAUUUUUGAUUUUAUAGUUCCGGCUUUGAUACCAUCUACGUAAUGUACCACUCUUAAAAUUUAUAAAUGAAGACGUAUACGUAGAACGUACACGUAGAACGAUGGAGACAAAACUAUUUGUUUCUACCAGUGCGAGUGAGAUAACAUGCAUCGAAAAGUCGGAUAGCAAGGAUUGUACUUGUCACACAAAAAUGUUUUGUAUUCUGUUUCUCGCUCUGCACAAUAAUAAUAUGCCAAUUUCAUAUUAUUAUAUUAGUAUCUCAAAGUGUCAUUAGAAAAGGUGUUAUAUUAGGAAUUUUCAUGUUUUGCUUAAGGUAAAGGGCCAUUCAUAGCAUAAAUCGAAAAGAAGAGGUUUAUCAUCACAAGGUUUCCCGAUAUAAAGGCAUUCAGCCCACAGCCUUCACUUAUGCUUUCUCGAACUAUCUAUCGCAAUUUUUCUCUAUCAGUUUCCUGAAAUAAAAACCAGAUUCAAGAUGGCACGAAUAUUUUGUGAAGAGUAUCGUCGUUGCUAUGGUUACAGUUGCUAAGGUUACAAAUUUUACGGCCAUCGCGAUUUUUUUACAAUUUCUCCCGCAUGAAAACGGAUAAAAAAUAUUUUUUGUUAAAUUUUAUUCUGAGUGUGACAUUUGCUUAAUGUUACAUAAACAUUACGGGUACCAAAAAAGGUGAUUUUGUUGAUUUUGAUCUGAUUAAGAAUUGUUUGAUUAAUUGAUUUUAAUUUUUACAAAAUUUGCGUGUAAUUUUAUUAUUUUAAAGGUUUCUGGUUGGUGGUUCUGGAACAGUGUUCAUUGUUACAAUACUUAAUAAUGAUGUACCGUAACUUAAUUUAAUUAAGUAAUUCUAUUAUUUAAACCGGUAACAAUAAUUAUAAUUGUCGUAAUCUUUAUUUAAUUUUAUAAAAUUAUUUUCGUAACGUCUUACUAUAUUUUUAGUUAUUAAUUUAUUCUUAACUUCGUUUAAUAAUUGUGCUGGUUCGCUGUUGAAUAUACGUGGUAUAUGUAUGUAUGUUACAAUAGAAAUAAAGUAGGUACUUAAAUGGUACUCUUAAUGUUGUGUUCUUGUUAAUUUAGAGAGCUUAUAUAAUAUAUUUAAUUGUAACGUACUUAUUUGUACUUAAAAUACAUUUAAGUUUACGCAUACGCACUUUUAAAAACAACUUUAAAAUCAAACGAUACCAAAAACUUAUUGUUUUGAUUAAUUACAAAAAAAUGUGUGCGUGUACUAGUGUAUACACGUAAGAAGUGAAACUUCUUUAAGAUCUUAUUUUUAAA